CGCCACUGGUGCUGUAUCCUAAAGUGGUUUCCACUGGAUACAAUAGGCUGGGGCUGCUUUGAACUCGUCGCCGCCCAGCCACGCAAAGGUUCCGAAGGCGCGCACUCUAUUCUUAGGCGCUGUCAUGGACGAGGCUGAGGAUGGAGAAGAUGAGUCCAAAUUCCAGCAGCCUUUAUUGUGCGGAACCGGCUCCGUUGGUGGCGGAGGCGAUAGGAACGGUCUAAGUUUGAAGAUGAAGCAAUUUACGCCAGGAGGGGGAGCAUCAUCAACAGCGCGCAAGAACUCCAACAAUGAGCUGUGGUUCAUGCAAGGCGAAGAGUCCGCACCUUGUGCUCCUACAGGCGCCACAAGCUGUGCUCUGUUAUGCCAGGGAGAUGCUACUGCCCGUGGCGGCUCAUACUAUAGGGCUGGAGGGGACUUAGCCCCAGGGUCAUCGGUAACCGUGUUGGCUACUUGUUGGACAGGUGAAGGCACUACCGGUGUGAUAUGCAACAACAACGGAGAUUGCAGAAGGGACCCCAACAUUUCAGGGAGCCUGUCCUCCAUCGUCUCUAGGCAGGGGAAACAGACCGGUGGAAUAGUUGCAGCGGACAACGGGAAAAGGCCAACUAGAUGUAAUUCCAGAGUCGCCAGCAUGGACGGUUCGAUCACCUCAGUACAGGGGCAAGGGCCCGAGGUGGCCGGGGCCACAACUACUGGUAAUGAGAAAAAGGACUCCAGAGUUUCCUUCUCAAGUGCCCCUAAUAGAAAAGCAUCGUCCUCUGUGCAGAACCAACAGAACAGGAAUUCUCUCGCAUUUUUUAAAUCGGAGGAUGGACCCCAGAUUGUGCCAGAUGAUGGGGAACCGCAGGACAAUCGGACUUAUAUGCAGCGCCAAUUUAGUUCCAUGCUUCAGCCUGGAGUUAAUAAAUUUUCCCUGCGUAUGUUUGGGAGCCAAAAAGCGGUGGAAAAGGAACAAGAGCGCGUCCAAUCGGCCGGUAAUUGGAUUAUUCAUCCAUACAGCGAUUUCAGGUUCUACUGGGAUUUCACCAUGCUGAUGUUCAUGGUGGGCAACCUCAUCAUCAUCCCCGUUGGGAUCACCUUCUUCAAGGACGAGACCACCGCGCCCUGGAUCAUCUUCAACGUGGUCUCUGACACCUUCUUCCUCAUGGACCUGGUCCUCAACUUCCGCACAGGCAUUGUAUUUGAGGACAACACCGAGAUCAUCCUGGACCCCAGGAAGAUCAAGAGGACGUACCUGAAGACCUGGUUCUUGGUGGACUUUGUCUCCUCCAUCCCUGUGGAUUAUAUCUUCCUGAUCGUUGAGAAGGGGAUCGACUCUGAGUUGUAUAAAACGGCCAGAGCCCUGAGGAUCCUACGCUUUACCAAGAUCCUCAGUCUGCUGAGGCUGCUCAGGCUGUCCAGGCUAAUCCGCUACAUCCACCAAUGGGAAGAGAUCUUCCAUAUGACCUAUGACCUGGCCAGUGCAGUGAUGCGUAUCUUCAACCUGAUUGGUAUGAUGCUGCUGCUGUGUCACUGGGAUGGCUGUUUGCAGUUCCUGGUUCCCAUGCUGCAGGACUUCCCCCAGGACUGUUGGGUCUCUCUCAACAAGAUGGUGAACGACUCGUGGAGCGAGCUGUACUCCUUUGCCCUGUUCAAGGCCAUGAGUCACAUGCUGUGUAUCGGUUACGGGCGCCAAGCCCCAGAGAGCAUGUCUGAUAUCUGGCUGACCAUGCUCAGUAUGAUCGUGGGCGCCACCUGCUAUGCCAUGUUCAUUGGCCAUGCCACCGCCCUCAUCCAGUCCCUGGACUCAUCCCGGCGCCAGUACCAGGAGAAGUACAAACAAGUGGAGCAGUACAUGUCUUUCCACAAACUGCCAGCUGACUUCCGACAGAAAAUCCAUGACUACUAUGAACACAGAUACCAGGGCAAGAUGUUUGAUGAGGAGAGCAUCCUGGAGGAGCUUAAUGAACCACUGCGGGAGGAAAUUGUCAACUUCAACUGCCGUAAGCUGGUGGCAUCCAUGCCCCUGUUUGCCAAUGCCGACCCCAACUUUGUGACAGCCAUGUUGACCAAGCUCCGCUUCGAGGUCUUCCAGCCCGGAGAUUACAUCAUCAGGGAGGGCACCAUCGGCAAGAAGAUGUACUUCAUCCAACAUGGUGUGACCAGCGUGCUGACCAAAGGAACUAUGGGCAUGAAGCUUUCUGAUGGAUCCUACUUUGGAGAGAUCUGUCUGUUGACCCGAGGCAGACGGACGGCCAGUGUGCGGGCGGACACGUACUGCCGUCUCUACUCCCUGUCUGUGGAUAACUUCAAUGAGGUGCUGGAGGAGUACCCAAUGAUGAGACGAGCCUUCGAGACUGUGGCCAUCGACCGACUGGACCGGAUAGGGAAGAAGAACUCAAUCCUAAUGCACAAGGUUCAGCAUGACCUCAACUCGGGUGUCUUCAACAACCGAGAGAAUGAAAUUAUCCAAGAGAUUGUGAAAUAUGACCGUGAGAUGGUGCAGCAGGUGGACAUGCAGAGGCCUCGUGCCAUGUCCAUGUCCAACCCCCCCACGCACGGGGGUAUCUUCGCUCCUCCAGCCCCACCUCAGAGCUCAGCCAUCGCCACCCUCCAGCAGGCUGUGGCUAUGAGCUUCUGUCCCCCCAUGGCAGGCCCCCUGGUAGGGGCCGGGGCCCUGCAGUCACCUCGGAUGGUACGGAGGUUCCAGGUGAUGCAGAGCAUGUCAGCCUCCCCUCCUCCCCAGACUGAGCAGACCAUGCAGCCCCAGCUACACGCCGGUGGUGCCUUCGCCUCCGCCCUCUCGAGCCCCCCCAUCCAGAGCCCCCUAGCUGCUGGGGGACGGACAUUCCAGUACGGCCACUCUUCUGGCUCCCAGCUCUCCCUGGUCCAGCAGAUCAUACCCAGCCCCCCACACCGGCCCAACACCCAUAACAGCACCCGCUCUCUGCACAUGGGCAGUCUGAGUCAGGACGCCAGGGCACUGUCUGCCUCUCAGCCCUCUCUGCCCCAGGGAGGGGCUCAACCCGUGGCCCCGAGCCCAUCACAGUCCAACCGUGUUUCCUCAACAUCCAUUGGGCCACCUCAGACCCCUCCGGGCUCUGUGGGGCUCAGGAGCGCUGUGACUCAUAGGAUGGUGCUGCCCCACCAGAUGUCUGUGGGGGCGUUUCCUCUAGCCUCCCUCCCGGGGACUCUGACAUCGCUGGGGACAGGCAUGGGUGCGGGUAUGGGAAUCGGCAUGGGAGUGGGCAUGGGAUCAGGCUUGGCGCCAGCCCUUCCGGACUCGGGUUUACCCAAAAAGGACUCCAAAGCCAGCCACCCUGAGACAGACCAUGUCAGAUCGAGGCUAUCUUCCAAUUUGUGACCUUUAUUAGAUUUCUGCAGAGCCAGGAGUUUUUGGUUGUGGGAACUGUGGAAGGUUUUGUCCUUAGACCCAAUAAUCUCCCCUCUCCCUGUCACGCGGGUCUGAAUAUGACUAUAAGAAUGUAUGCUGUGGGACCUUGGAGAGGGAGACCGUAGCUGGAAGACAAUGUAUGACUAACAAUAUAGUUAUUAUCAGAGGUGGGAUGUUUCUACUCCACCCACAGACAUAGAUUGUAGAUACCGGCCGUACGUAGUAGUAGCACCUUCUCCCCACAUCUCUCCUUUAUUUACUCUCUUUACUGUAACCAUAUUCAACAUAAAUAGCACGCAUCUCUCACCCAUUAUCUAUAUAGUCGAACAAUACAAACUGGCAGGGACAAGAAGAAAAUCAGGAACCUGCUUCAGAUGACAACGAUGACAUCAACACUUUGCAGAAGUUCUUCUGGGAUUUCAUCUUUUCUCUAUGGACUGGUUUUAACAAAAGUUCUACUCAUGUCACUGUAAUAUUGUUUCAGAAAACAAGAAAAUGUUUUUUUUAGACCAUGUCUUAAAUUAUAGUUUUUUUUUUUUUUUUACAGGUUGGGCUUAAUAAACAACAUGUUGCAUUGCAUUAAUGGGAUUAAUAAUAUAUUUCUGAAAAAAACGAGUGGAUAGAUCAUUUCACUGCCUUGAUUUCAACAUUUGAAGCCAUAUCCUUAUUUGUGUGCGUGUGUGUGCGUGUGUGCGCGUGCAUGCGUGUGCGUGUGCGUGUGUGUGUGUAUAUAAGGAAUUCAUAUCUAUAAAUAUAUCUUCCCCCGUCCUCAAAUUGUAUUUGCAGAUGACAGUGUAGGUAUAAUUUCAGUAUUUUUCUUGGGAGUCUACAGCCUACAUUUCAUUCUGGCUUGGCCAGAAUACACCUAGGGUGCAAGUGAUAUACACUACAUGAGCAAAAGUAUGUGGGCACAUACUCGUCGACCACAUCUCAUUAGAAAAUCAUGGGCAUUAAUAUGGAGUUGGUCCCCCCUUUGCUGCUAUAACAACCUCUACUCUGCUGGGAAAGCUUUCCACUAGAUGUUGGAACAUUGCUGAGAGGUCUUGCUUCCAUUCAGCCACAUGAGCAUUAGUGAGGUCGGGCACUGAUGUUGGGCGAUGAGACCUGGCUCACAGUUGGCGUUCCAAUUCAUCCCAAAGGUGUUCGAUGGGGUUGAGGUCAGGGCGUUUCAACUGCUCCAGUAUCCAAUGGCAGCAAGCUUUAAACCACUCCAGCCUGCGCUUGGCAUUGUGCAUGGUGAUCUUAGGUUAGUGUGGGGCUGCUCGGCUAUUGAAAUCCAUUUCCUGAAUCUCCCAAUGAACAAUUAUUGUGCUGACGUUGCUUCCAGAAGCAGUUUAGAACACUGCAGUGACUGUUGCAACCGUGGACAGACAAUUUUUACGCUCUAUGUGCUGCAGCACUCGGCAGUCCCAGUCUGUGAGCUUGUGUGGCCUACCGCUUUGGGCUGAGCCGUUGUUGCUCCUAGACAUUUCCACUUCACAAUAACAGCACUUACAGCUGACUGGGGCAGCUCUAGCAGGGCAGAAAUUUGACGAACUGAUUUGCUGGAAAGGUGGCAUCCUAUGACGGUGCCACGUUGAAAGCUCUUCAGUAAGGCCAUUCUACUGCCAACGUUUGUCUAUGGAGAUUGCAUAGCGGUGUGCUCAAUUUUAUACACCUGUCAGCAACGGGUGUGGCUGAAACAUCCAAAUCCACUCAUUUGAUGGGGUGUCCACAUACUUUUGUGUAUAUAGUGUUUAAACCAAGUCAUCCAUCCCCAUUGGUUGCUCGGCUAUUGAAAUCCAUUUCCUGAUCUGAGUUAUGAAUCACAUGAAUAUAUCAACAUACUGUAUCUCAUUCAACCCUGAUGGAAAUGCAUAUCAGGUUUUUUGCAUAGCUGAAGUUUAGAAUAGACAGAUCAUAGUUUUAUAUUUUAUAGUCUGACUGAUGUUCUGAAGGCACUGUGCAGUGUAAUUGAUUACGCUAAUAUGUAUUAUUAUACUGUACAGACUGAUGCACCCUGGUCAGAUCCACACAUUACACCAUUUAAUGAAUACAUUGAACUUUUCAUCUCAUCUGCAUUGUCCCAUCCAUUCCAAGACUUUUUAGAUUAUUUGAAGUUUAAAACAAAUCCAUUUUCUUUUUCCUUUCCUCUCAAAUUCUAACAGUAAUAUUGAAUCAAAUUGAGGUAGAUUUUGUGUGCAUAAAUGACAUAAUGCUUCUGGAAUGCUGAAAUCGAAAUGACUCCCAUUCUAUUCUAAUCUGCAGCAAGGACAGAGCAGACAUUUUGGAGGGUGCAUUUCAAUGAUGUGUCUCUGACCAUAAGUGAUGCCACUGAAUGUGUUUACCGGCCUCCACUGAUUAGUGUCCAAAAGUAUUAGUGGAAGAGGCUUUCCAAGCGCUGAUAUCCACUUCAUCUGCUGCUCAAUAACCCCCACACCACCACCACCAUUACUAUGUAAUGAGAGAGAAGAUUGGAUCCCCUCAGGCCCCAUUUAUUUUGGACUGUUAUUACUUUCCAUUGUGUUUCAUCAGAAGUUUUUCUGUAUCAUCUACCUUGUCAGUGGCGCCAAGGUUGUGGGUUUGGAAGGGAUUUGUUGCUGGAAAUUAUGCCCAAUGAAACUUCUUUGGGAACUUUCAUGUGUUUGAAGGUGGUUUUAAUGGCCGAAUUCCUUUUAGAUUGCUGAGCAGGUUUUGAGACUAUUUGUCUAGCAAUAAAUUAGGACAUUUAACAAACAUGUAAUAAAUAACAUACAAUACAGUGUAGAUGAAAAGCCAAAAUUGGAAUAAAAUGUCAAUGUUUUUGAAUUGCUUAAUAAGAUUUGUUGAUUGGAAGCCUUUGGAAGUUCUUAUAUCUACUGUACAUGACACACUUAAGAUGGUAAAUGGUGGGAAUAUUUCAUGCAAUCCAUAUACACUGAAUAAAAAUAUAAACGCAACAUGUAAAGUGUUGGUCCCAUGUUUCAUGAGCUGAAAUAAAAGAUCCCAGAAAUGUUCCAUACGCACAAAAAGCUUAUUUCUCUCAAAUGUUGUGCACACAUUUAUUUACAUCCCUGUUAGUGAGCAAUUCUCUUUUACAAAGAUAAUCCAUCCACCUGACAGGUGUGGCAUAUCAAGAAGCUGAUUAAACAGCAAGAUCAUUAUACAGGUGGACCUUGUGCUGGGGACAAUAAAAGGCCACUAAAAUGUGAAGUUUUGUCACAAUACAAUGCCACAGAUGUCUCAAUUUUUGAGGGAGCGUGCAAUUGGCAUAUUGACUGCAGGAAUGUCCACUAGAACUGUCGCCAGAGAACUGAAUGUUUAUUUCUCUACCAUAAGCCGCCUCCAACUUCGUUUUAGAGAAUUUGACAGUACAUCCAACCAGCCUCAUAACCGCAGACCACGUGUAUGGUGUCGUGUGGGAAAGCGAUUUGCUGAUGUCAAUGUUCCUAGGCAUGUGAAAUCCAUAGAUUAGGGCCUAAUUUAUUUAUUUCAAUUGACUGAUUUCCUUAUAUGAACUGUAACUCAGUAAAAUCUUAGAAAUUGUUCCAUGUUGCGUUUAUACUGUAUUUGUGUUUAGUAUACAAUCCAUUUACAAUCCUAUCUGAAGCAUGUUAAUUUUGUCAGGGUAGAAUGACAGUUAUCCUCUCCAAUAGCUACAUUUGUUGUCAUGUGUUUAGCCUUUACCCAGCAUUUUUCUUGGGAUGUUUCCUUGCCAGCCAAAUUGUGAUUUAAACUGUAACUUGAAUAAAUAUAUGACGCAA